AUGAUUCCAUCAUUAGUUGGUAUAGUUCUUUCAGCUGAUCUAGGGAGAGGGCACGCGCCUGAAAAUCUCACUGCUGCGAGUCGACUAGAUAUAUUUCUGGCAGAGGCAAAGAGAAAGGAGUUUCCCCUUGAAUAUACAUGGAUGGAUUGCGCCCUACGAGGAUACGGGGCAUUUGUUCUGUGGAUGCACUUACUUGUAUACCUCAUAUUCAAGUAUAUCCAUCGUGACAUUGAUGACGGAAAAGGUGAUAGCCUUCUGGAAGAGCAUCCUUUAACGCCAGGGAGAGCUAGCUUUUCUUCGAGAACGACUUCGGCUCGAAAAGUGAAAGUAUCUAAGGAAUCAACUGAUGAAGAAAAAGGUGAUACAAUCGAUUAUGUUGGAACACAAAAGAGCGAUCGCAUACCUGUUGACGUAAUAUGGGAGCAACGCCGAAAGCUUAUGAAAGAAUACCUCGAUGGUUACAAAAAAGAGCUUGCAGCGGGAUCGCAGAGUGCCGAAGUGGUAUGGGACAGGCAGCGCGAUUGGUUGUUGAAACAAGGAACCGCAGAAGCUUACGCAUCCAGGGAACUGAUGGCUUCCAAAGAGAAAAUAGGCUCCAAGGAAAAGGCAUCUGGUCAGGAAAUAUCGAAAGAAACACCCAAAAAGUCUAAGGAGACGACGAAGGACACAUCCCAAUCCGUAGAGUAUUUCAAAGUGACAAGGCCAAAAAUUGUGCCAUCGAAAGCCGAAAUCUUUUCCAAAGCACCGUCGGGUUUGGCUUGGGCUUAG